UGGUGCAUUGUUUCAUCUCUCAAAGUUAUGGCUACCUUUUCUUUUCAACAACUCCAUCAAUUUCAUACAAUAGACCGCAAAAUUUUCUCAGUUCUAGUUAUGAGUUUGGCUCGUGACCCAUCACAAUCUCUUCUAGUCAUGGCUUUGUGGCUAUGGCUAGAAAAUCUAGGUUAUCCAAGUCUUAUCUUAAAACUGGUUUCAUGUCAUAGAGGUCUCAUCAAUGAUGUGGCUCAAGAAGCUGUAUCUUGUUUGGACUGCUUGGAGUUAGAAAAUUUUCCCAUUCCAAAUGAUGGUGGUUUGUUUAUAACCAGAAUUUUAAUGGGAAGAAAAAUUUCUCUCCAUUUAUUCAAGUACAAAAGGUUCACUAUCAUAACUGGUAUUAAAAAUGUGCUAAACAAAAUAUGUUCAAGAAUUUUUAAUGAUAUUUUACUACAUGUUUUGGGAAGCUCUAGUGUUUGUAGAUUACUACUACAUUAUCCUUAUAGACUCGUGAUUGUUCCUGGUUUCCCUCAUAAAGUAUUCGGUGAAUUUACUAUAUCACCAACAAAAUUUGAGAAGUUUGAUUUGAAUGAUGGAGUGAUAUUGAAGAGUAAUUUAAAUGUGUCUGAUCAGGAUAAAACGAUAUUCUUAACAUUUUCUAAGGGAUUCUCCGUUAGUGAAAAAGAGGUAAGAUAUUUGUUUACAAGUACUUUUGAAGUUGAUUGUAUUAAGACUAUUGUUAUGGGGAAUAGAAACUCUGAUGGUCAAGUUUUGUAUGCAACUAUGGUUUUGAAUCACGUAGAAACACUUGACCGGAUUUUGAACGGGAGGCACGUUGCGAAGUUUCGUGUCAACGGAAGGCAUAUUUGGGCCCGUAAGUAUGAUCGUCGAGACUAAAUUUUACUAUCUUCGUUCCUUUAUAUAAGAUACAAGUUACUUUUUAGAUUUAUUGAAUAAUCAAUGUAUUUAGUCUAUAAACUGACCAAAUACAUUGCAAUAUACAAACUUAAAUUAUCUUUUAGAUACUUGAGAAUGACACAUUUGACUUGUUUUCUAGCUUUUUUUGGUUGAA